AUGACAAUACUCGAUGAAAAUAUACCCGUGCGCCGCUAAACGCUGUCCUUUCACGGGCGAUCUUGGGAUUCAGCGAAAUUCCCGCACACAGUGACUCAUUAAUGGCAACAAACUCGAAAACGACGCAGCCCACGGGUUAAAAACAAUCUUUCUUUUCUGAGCGGGGAAACAUCGGUGCGGCUAAAAUCGCCAGCCGCAGAAACACCAUCGUGUUGAAUUGUGCGAACGACCACCUGGAGGACGUACGUGCCCGUGCACAGCUGCAGGCACACAUCCAUUCGCGCAUCGGUGCGAUGCGCCUGGCCAAGAUUCACCGACACGGGAUGGUGUGUGUGCACUGGUGUCGUGUGUCUGUGUAAUUGGUGUGCGUCCGUGUGUGCGUGUGUGCGCGUCCUGUUGUGUUCCCGUGAAUCGCUUCCGCCAAUUGAUUUUCCGACUGGCGGUGGUGGCUGGUGUUGGCGGAAGUUCUUCUUCACCCAGCGGAAGAAGUGGUGGAUUCCUUCGCGCACCACUAACGCAACGCAGCUGCAGCAACGAGGCAACCAAACAUAGAUAGUAUUUAUAUAAUCGAAAGCAAAAGUAACCUAAAGGCAAAAGGUGUGAAAAUAUCUCACCAUAAAAGUGCCAGCCACUCAGGUGGUGCGUUUGCCUGUGCGUGUUUGUGCUGUGCUGUUUGUGUGUGUGUGUGGCUGUUGGAGUGCCGGUGUGUGUGCUGUUAUCAUCGUGCUGGAAGCAAUUGUUAAGUGUACUUGGCUGGCAAAAAAAGGUCCAGUGAAGCGGAAAUUGUAAAGCGGCUGCGGUACUGCGGGAAAUUGUUUCACAGAAACGUCGGAAAGAAAAUUGAGAUCUGCCCGCACAAUCGUCGCUUUAACUAUACCUAUUUUUUCUAAUGAAUUCUAGUGUGAGAUAACGCAACGCACUACACCGAGACAGGACAUCUCGUAUCUCGAUCGAGCAUCGGAACAGAUCCGAUCCAACCGAAGACGCGUGCUGAGUUAAUCGAAGUGGAAAUAGCUCGUGCCAUGUCGCAUCCAGUGCGCCCAUAAUUGCACCCUACGCUGCAGCGUGUGACAUCUCCACCCUCUCCACGUGCGGCAUACACGCAGAUACACUUUCCACUGGGCGGUGGGUUGACUGACGAUGAUGCAGAUGCUGCACGAUAUGAUGACGUUGCUGACGACAAUGCUUGCAUGCCGUAGCUUCUGGUGACAGCAGCUCCUUCGCACGUCCCGGCAUCCACACGACGACGGGUGCUCCAUAGGCGGCUGGUGGUGUCCAUCAUCGGCGACCGCGAGUGUACCAGCCGUGUGUUGCUUUCGGUAACCGGAACCUUACUGUGCGUGUGUGUGUGUGUGUGUGAGUGUGAAAUAUUUUGCUCGAACAAAUUGCAAAUUGUUGUGCGUGUACGCCGUGCGUGCUGCGGUGCACGGUUUGUGUUAUUGAUUUCAUUUGAGUUUUGCCCGGCUUGGAGCGAAGGCUGCGUCCGAGCAGCACACCGGAGAGACUAGGGAUCGCAGGCGAAAGAUUAACCCAUACGUGAUACCAAAGGGCCUAUAGCCUGACCGAACGAUCGUUCAGGUAGUUGGGCGAGUGGAUUGAUUAGCGAUAAGAGGAAACGAUUCAGUGGUGUGAAGUGUGUUUUGCUGUGCGGCAUAGAGCGAAGAAACCGGUAGAACCGACCGCACCAGAAUGGCGACUAUUGACGGACGACCGGCCCAGUACCAGAUCACGCAGAAGAAUCUGCGUGAGGUGAUGGAGCACCGGGGACGUGAAGCGGUGGCAAAGGUGAACGAGUACGGCGGUGUGACCGAGAUUUGCCGGAAGCUGUACACCUCACCGAACGAGGGUCUGAGCGGUUCGCAGGCCGAUAUUGACCAUCGGCGGGAAACGUUCGGUUCGAACAUCAUCCCGCCAAAACCGCCCAAGUCCUUCCUGACGCUCGUCUGGGAGGCGCUGCAGGACGUGACGUUGAUUAUCCUGGAAAUUGCGGCCAUCAUUUCGCUGCUGUUAUCCUUUUACCAGCCGGCCGACGAGGACGAACCGAUUGUGCAGGAGGAGGAGGAACACUACUCGUGGAUCGAAGGUCUCGCCAUCCUGGUGUCGGUGUUUGUGGUGGUCGUGGUGACGGCGUUCAAUGACUACUCCAAGGAGAAACAGUUCCGCGGGCUGCAGUCUCGUAUCGAGGGCGAGCACAAGUUCUCGGUCAUCCGGGGCGGCGACGCGGUGCAGGUGAACAUUGGCGACAUAGUGGUCGGCGACAUCUGCCAGAUCAAGUACGGUGAUCUGUUGCCGGCGGACGGUAUUCUCAUACAGAGUAACGAUUUGAAGAUUGACGAAUCGUCCCUGACGGGCGAGUCGGAUCACGUGAAGAAGAACGAGUCGACGGACCCGAUCGUCCUGUCCGGUACGCACGUAAUGGAGGGCAGCGGCAAGAUGGUGGUAACGGCGGUCGGCGUGAACUCGCAGGCCGGCAUCAUCUUCACGCUGCUGGGUGCGGCCGUCGACGAGCACGAGGCCGCCGCUAAGCAGAAGAAGAAGGAAGCGAAGAAGGCGAAGAAGGCGGCCGGCGCAAAGGACGAAAUCACCAACAACAGCCACGGACAUCCGCAGGGCAUCCGAAGCCAGACGACGGUCGAUUCCAUCACGUCGGACGAUGGGGGCGAUGAGGGUGGAAAGAGUAGCGGGGAGGGUAGUGGCCAUGGCGGUAAGGAGAAAUCCGUGCUGCAAGCCAAGCUGACCAAGCUCGCCAUCCAGAUCGGGUACGCCGGUUCCACGAUCGCCGUGCUGACGGUCAUUAUUCUUAUCAUCCAGUUCUGCAUCCAAACGUUUGUGAUCGAGCAGAAACCGUGGCGCAACUCGUAUGCCAACAAUCUCGUGAAACACUUCAUCAUCGGUGUGACGGUGCUGGUCGUGGCCGUGCCGGAAGGUUUGCCGCUGGCCGUCACCCUAUCGCUCGCCUACUCGGUCAAGAAGAUGAUGAAGGAUAACAACUUGGUGCGGCAUCUGGAUGCGUGCGAAACCAUGGGCAAUGCGACGGCGAUCUGUUCCGACAAGACGGGUACGCUGACCACGAACCGGAUGACGGUGGUGCAGUCGUACAUCUGCGAGAAGCUGUGCCUGGUAACGCCCCGAUUCUCGGACAUACCGCGCGUUGUUGGCGAAGCGAUCGUGGAGGGCAUCGCGCUCAACUCUGCCUACACGUCCUGUUUGAUGGCGGGCCAGAACCCGGGCGAUCCGUUGCAGCAGGUCGGCAACAAGACCGAGUGCGCGCUGCUCGGCUUUGUGAACGGACUGGGCCGCAACUAUCAGACGAUCCGGGACGCCAACGCCGAGGAUACGUUCACGCGCGUGUACACGUUCAACUCGGUGCGCAAGUCGAUGAGCACGGUGGUGCCGAAGCCGAACGGUGGCGGCUAUCGCGUGUACUGUAAGGGCGCGUCGGAGAUCGUGCUGAAGAAAUGUGCCUUCAUUUACGGGCAGGACGGUGUGCUGGAGAAGUUCACGCGGGACAUGCAGGAGCGGCUGCUGCACCAGGUAAUCGAACCGAUGGCUUGCGAUGGGCUGCGCACGAUCUGUAUCGCGUUCCGCGACUUUGUGCCCGGCAAGGCCAACAUCAACGAGGUGCACUACGACGGUGAGCCGAACUGGGACGACGAGGAAAACAUUAUUAGCAAUCUGACGUGCCUGUGCGUGGUCGGUAUCGAGGAUCCGGUGCGGCCGGAGGUGCCGGAAGCUAUUCGCAAGUGUCAGCGGGCCGGUAUUACGGUGCGCAUGGUUACGGGUGACAACAUCAACACGGCGCGCUCGAUCGCCACCAAGUGCGGCAUUCUGAGGCCGCAGGACGACUUCCUGAUUCUGGAGGGUAAGGAGUUUAACCGUCGCAUCCGCGACAGCAACGGCGACAUUCAGCAGCAUCUGCUGGAUAAGGUGUGGCCGAAGCUGCGGGUGCUGGCCCGUUCGUCGCCCACGGACAAGUACAACCUGGUGAAGGGUAUCAUCGACAGUAAGGUGUCGGUCAGCCGCGAGGUGGUGGCGGUAACCGGCGACGGUACCAACGAUGGUCCGGCGCUGAAGAAGGCGGACGUCGGGUUUGCGAUGGGUAUUGCCGGUACGGAUGUGGCGAAGGAAGCGUCGGACAUCAUCCUGACCGAUGACAACUUUAGCAGCAUCGUGAAGGCGGUCAUGUGGGGCCGCAACGUGUACGACUCGAUCGCGAAGUUCCUGCAGUUCCAGCUGACCGUAAACGUUGUGGCGGUGAUUGUGGCGUUCAUCGGUGCGUGCGCCGUACAGGAUUCGCCGCUGAAAGCGGUUCAGAUGCUGUGGAUGAAUCUGAUCAUGGACACGCUGGCGUCGCUGGCGCUGGCGACGGAGAUGCCGACGCCGGACCUGCUGCUCCGGAAGCCGUACGGGCGCACCAAGCCGCUCAUCUCGCGCACCAUGAUGAAGAACAUUCUCGGCCAGGCGGUGUAUCAGCUGGUGAUCGUGUUCGGGCUGCUGUUCGUGGGCGAUUGGUUCCUGGACAUCGAGUCGGGCCGCGGCCAGCCGCUCAACUCCGAGGCGACGCAGCACUUCACCAUCAUCUUCAACGUGUUCGUGUUUAUGACGCUGUUCAACGAGCUGAACGCGCGCAAGAUACACGGCCAGCGGAACAUCUUCCAGGGCCUGUUUACCAAUCCGAUCUUCUACUCCAUCUGGCUCAUAACGCUCGUCUCGCAGGUGUUCAUCAUACAGUUCGGCAAGGUCGCGUUCUCCACCAAAGCGCUCAACAUCGAGCAGUGGCUGUGGAGCGUGUUCUUCGGGCUCGGUACACUGAUCUGGGGCCAGAUCGUGACGAGCAUUCCGACGCGCAAGAUGCCGAAAACGAUGGCCUGGGGCCGGGGCCACCCGGAGUCCGAGUACACCGAGGCGAUCCGGCUCGGCGAGGAGCGAUACGAAACGAUGGACAAUGACAAGAAACCCCGUGCAGGUCAGAUAUUAUGGAUCCGCGGCCUUACCCGGCUGCAGACCCAGCUUCGUGUUGUACGUGCAUUUCGAUCCACAUUAGAAGAUUUAGAGGAACGCCGUUCCAUUCAUAGCUUACAUAGUCUUAGAAGUUCACGCAGUCAUCCCGGAGGCAUGAGCACGAGUGGUACAAUGACUAGUCAAGGUCUCUCAAAUCUCUUAUAUCCACCAGGUUCCAACAUCCAAACCGGCCGGCUAAUAGGUACUAAUGUUGGCGAUCUUAAGUAUAUUGAUGAAGAUCAAAGACUUCAUAAUAAUCAGCAUAUUAUAGAGAAAUUCGCGGUAUGGACAAAAUCGACAACAGUCUAAAAUCAGAAUCCUUCCUUUGCUCUUGAAUGUAUAACAGAGAGAGAGAGAGAGAUGACAAAUCGAGACAGAGACAAGCAAAGCACACACUUAGUGCAAGCGUUACGUAGAAGCGUUACCGAGGGAGAAUGCGGUAGCUAGUGUGGGAAAGAGAAAGGGAGAAGGAUACGAGCUAACGUUACUGUGCGUGUCGCGUGCCAGUGUGGAUAGGAACGGUGAUGCGCGAUAUCCGCACCGAUACCUACGGGGGCACUGUCGGACUUUUGUGUGGCUAGGGGGAAACCAAAAGAAAGAACAAAAAAACGGUAAAUCGUACCUUAGAGCAAAAACAAACGUAAGGUCUAAAGCUUCAGCUGUGUAUAGAAAUAUGCGUGCAGAAAGUAUUGUAGGUGCUAUACGAGCUGCCAGUGUAUCUAAAGAACCAAAACGUGAGUAGUAAGCAGAGGCAGCAGCAGCAGUCGCAUCAACAGUCGCAACAGCGCAGCAUCAACAGGCCGAGGCGCAGUACAGUAGUUUUCAAAACUAAAAAAAAAACACAUCACAAAACGAUCUGGGAUGCUGGGAGAGUGUAAUGGUGAACGUUACGUAGCCGCAUUCGCCGUUCACCCACAGAUCGAACCGUUCAAUCCUAUCAAAGGAGCCCGGUUGCGUUACAUGAAGCGUUACCGAAGCCGAUUGAGCGUGUGGCUGCUUUGAUUUUAUCUUCGCGACGGUUGCACGCUCUCUGUCCAGUUAACAACCAACCCAACCAAGGGACGGAUCUUUGCUGGCGUUUACGACAAAAUCAACGCUGCGUGGCUGCGGCAAUCGGACAAACGCGGUGCACGUGCGGACUGGCGCGGCGAAAAUCAGGCUGGGCACACUGGGGUACAUUAGCGGUCUUUUGAUAGCGAAAGUAUUGAGCAAUAGAAAAAACAAGCGUGUAAGGAUAUCGUUUUUCGUAGAUAAAUGCGCAUAAUAUCGUUUGAAAAGCGUGACGAUUGUUAUUGAAACAAGCAGCAGUAGCAAAACAAAAAAGAAGAAGGAAAACUGACGUGCAGAAUAGAAUAGUGCUAACAGAUCACCCAACUGCAAAACACGUGGUAGACGAUUUAUUGAGAGUAUUAUUGUGUACCGUUUGAUGUUUUUGUUCUGAUGAAUGACGUGUAGGCUAAAAGGAAAAUUUAAUAUUGUAGUACUUAACAUAAAUUACCACACACUACAAGAAGGGACGAUCGCGUAACGUAACGUAACGUUCGUAACGUUGAGCUGUUGAGCAUACUAUAAAACACACGUACACACAGACACACCCGCACACCCACAAUCAUACACAGAUGAAUCAAAAAUCGAUUGUUAGGUAAGCAGAACCACCACGCCCAACUCAUAAUACCGUAUAACUAGGCUUAGUACAACUAGUGCACUAUACUUACAAAAACACAAAACCCCACAGCAGCAAAUGCAGGCUCUAGCUAGUGCGUAGCAUGCGUUUAGUAAGGGGGUGGCAAAGGGUAACCGAAAAAAAAAACAAAACAAAAACCAAAUGGGAAACAAAAGAAGCAAUCAAAGUUGAAUCGUGUUCUUUCCUUUUUGUUCCUUUCUGUCUUGGGGGGACACUCCGUGCGUUACCGGCGCGCAUGUUAGGUGUUUGGAGAGAGUUAGGCGCAACAUUCACAUACGGGUUUUUGAGAAGUUAUUCGUUUGCGGUUAUCGGAACAUUUCGUGCGGGGGGAGGGAUACACAGUGGACAGGGUGAGGUAUUAAUGCGAACCGAGGUCUGAUUGAAACGAUCACCAGCGACCACCACCACCACCACCAUCCCGAUCGGACUUGGCGAGGCGGUGUCGGUGAGCGAGGUAGAAAGCAAGCGUAACGGUCGGUGUACAACCAAGAGCAACGGCAGGAUUUAGCUGAAUUGGAGGAAUCGGAGCAAGGUGGCUGCCAAUUGGAAAUCAGGACCUCUCAUUCCCGCCAAACAAACCACAACCAAUAUCCUAAACCCACGCUAAGCGUACAAGCUGAAGAGUUAGAGCUGGAUGGUACAUUGGGAAAAAGCGACCGAGAGCGAGAGAGAGAGAUAGAGAGAGAUCGAGAUGAUCCGUGAAGAUCUGUGAUAGUUUAGCGUGAUGGUGUCACCGUAAAGCCGGGCACGCUUUUGGGCCGGGUGUUUGUGUGUAGUUGUGUGUAGUUGGGCGAUCGUGGUGGUUGUGGUGUGGUGUCUGUCGCUUCAGUGGUCGGUUUCGGUUUUAAUGCGUUACCAGUCGCUCGUCGUGUCUGCCCAGGUUCGAUCGCCAUAGUAUAUCGGUUUUUCAGCAAAGCGUUAAUGCCCAUUAUAAAGCUGUGCGUGUGUGAGAGUGUGUGUGUGUGUGUGUGUGUGUGUGUGUGUGAAUGUGUGUAUGAGUGAUGAUCGUGUGCGCGUGGUCUUGUUUCCGGCACGAUCGUUAACCCUCGUUAUUCGAAUAUUUCGUUCGUGUUUAGGAUUAGUAGCCAGUAACGUUUUGUUCGUUAGUGAGUUAAGCCCUAAGUAUAUAGUAGCCUGUAAGAGGAGGCGCCCAGUACUCGGUGAUGGGUUCUUCAACUCACUCCCCUCCCCUCCCCCCCGUAUCCCUAUCGUUGGAAGGGAAAUGAGGGGAAAAAGGGUCGAACGAGUAAAAUCCCGACGCAACACUACCAGUUACACUUGAAGUGACAAAUUUCUAUUUCUUAAGUAAGAGGAUACAGCACUUUAAACUUAGCGAUAGAAUAAGUAUAGAGACACACUACAACACACAAAUACCUAGUGCAAUACACACACACACACACACACACACACAAAACAACUUUAAAAUGAAAAGAAACAUCAUCAGGAAAAUGUUUCGUUUCAAUUGAACAGUCGAUCACGCUGAUUGACCAUUUAGAUGCACGUUUUAUUGUCCGAAACAAACCAAAAAAAAAAAAGAAAAGCCAGACUUAAACGAUGCACGGCGAGUUUUCUAGUCAUACCGAUAUAUCUAUAUAUCGUUGUCGUAACAAAAACCCACUACACAAAUAAGCAAGCCAAUAAAUAAACCAAAAAAAAGAAGAAACUAAACUAAACUUGAAAGUAAAUAAACGACUAAAUAUCCUUCUUGCAAAAAAGGGGAUCGAUUCGCAAUAGAACCGAGUAACAAGUACAUUUAAACAAACAGUAAAUCUCCCCGAACAAACACGAUAAAACAUAAAACCAAAAACCCCCGUUUACCGAAUUAAAACAUAAAAACACAUACACAUAGCACACUCUUUGAACGGUAGUUAAUUCCACUAAACAAGCAGGCAUUUUUAAUGACAGCAGAGGCUCUCGAUUUUCGACUCAUAAUCGCCCUUAGUGCAGUGACAGUGCUGUUUUGACAGUAGUUUGACAGGCGGAGAUCGUUUUGAGUACUAAUACUAGCACUCCUCUACCCCGAACUUAGAUUAUAGACGUUAUAUCGGCAACGUGCGUGGUGGAAUACAGGGUGGGAAUUUAUUCGAAAAUAUGAACCAGCGUGUGUGUGUGUGGUUGCGUGUGUUGAAUGAACUACUUAAAGAUAAAGCAUGCACGACAACAGGGAGAGAGAGAGGGAAAGAAAAUCCACCAUAAGAAUACAAAAAAGCACGUUAAUUGCACACAUACUCGAACAGCUAAACAAAAAAGAAAAACCACAACCAAACACAUACGAUCAUAAUGUUAAAAAAAACGUGUAAGAAGUAAACAAAGCGUAACACCAAAGUCCACCAGGGACUUAAAGAAAAUCAGAGGAUCAUGCUUAUCCUUUCAAACAAUGGCGUCAUUUUGGUAGCGUGUUUAUUUCACUAGCUCCUCCCACAUUUGUGUGUUCACGUGGACACCAUAAGCCCCAUUUUGCGCAUUCUCCAUUGUAAGGGAAACAGUUCAACGCAACUCAAAACUCACACGAGAAACCGAGAAUCCUCGAUGAUGUAAAAUAAACUAUUAACAUUUCAGUCAGUAGUGAGUUGGAAAAAACGUUGGCCAAAAUCAUGCUGGCGGUAUUAUAGAGAGUAUUAACGGGACAGGUAAAGGUUUACUUAUGCCUAGAAUAAAGGUAAAUUUUGUGUGUGCGAUACACAAUUGUCGCCUCGGUAGAGAUAAUCAUCAAACACAGCACAGUAACAUGCGUACGGCAGCUGCCGACCAAGGAACAAGAAGCAAAUAGUGACAUUAUUGGUAGUGUGUGUGGUAACGAUACGAUAAACCAGCGCUCUUCUACGUUUUGUUUCGCUGUGUACGUCAUCUGGCACGGCCACUAGGAACACUUACAAAACACUACUCCGCUUCUUCCGAUUACUGCUCGUCUUCGGCUCGGGUAGAAUGGGGAAAACAAUCGAUUAUCUUAAAGCUCGUUAUACGUUACACUGCGUUACUGCGUUACCAUUUUCGCACGUUACGUUACAUUCAGUUAUGUGGUUAAAGAAAUGGGCGUUACCAUGCCACCUUCAUGCAAGCGUUACAUGCGUUAUUAAAUGCGUUACGUUAUUAUUACAUCUAGUAAACUCAAACUCUAGCGUAUGCAACGGUCGAGAAAUGGAUCGAAGCGAAUAUAAACCGAUACAUCCUUAAGCGAACCGGAAAACAGAUGAUCGACAAAGUGUGAAGCAAAUUUCUCUAAAUACUUGUAAACGUAAUCCACAACAAAAAAAAAAAAAAAACACUGGCAAAUGGGUUGGCACUCUUUCAAAUCAUGUGUUGCUGUAAAGCUGUUUUUCAACACACCAUUUGCAUUUGCUUUGUGAUAGCGAGCGUGUCGUGUGUGUUUGAUUUGCUGUUUUGAAAAAAGAAACGAAACUGGCAUACGCUAAUGAACUUUAUUUAAGUUUGGUUUUUUAAGUAAAUUAUUUCAAGCCCCAUAGCUUCUACUAUCUGGCACGGUGGAAGGCAUUAGUUUAUUUUUUUGAUUUGGUUUGUGAUUCGUGAGCACUUCUAGAGCUUCUAGUUCAACGAUGGGCGAAACUUGGAACGUCCCGAUUCUUUCAUUAUUUUUUAAGCAUGUUGAAGAUGCGUCGGCAAACGAUACUUAAUAAGGAUCUUUCGACUGAGUUGAAUAAUGUGCCUCUAUCAUCUAAUAUACAACACCCGGCCCGUAACUCCCGCUUUACUUGUGAUUGUACUAGAAGCUCCCGGUCGCGCCAUAUUUGCUGUGUUUGCCCUAAAGCUGUUACGUGUGUACUGUUAGUGUUAAUGAACCCCCCUCCUCUUGGUACCCACCGUGCCUUAUAUUUAGCGUUCUGUUUUAAAGUAUAUUAUUUUCACCUCCAACGUUGUCCCCCGACCUAUUUUCUGUCUGUGCUGUCUGCUUCCUUCCAAAAAGAAACAAACCAAAUAAAAAAAAAAUGAACUCCUCGAGAUAGAGUACGUACUGUCGAUAUAUAGUUAAAACAGAACAAAACAAGCUUUAAUAGGAGGGAAGAGAAUACUACCGGUAACCGAGCUCUCCUCUCAGACACUCGAACUGUGUAAAUCUCGUGUACGUUAUAAGUGUGUAUGAUCCUAGUCAGUCAGUCAGUCAGUCAGUCAGUCUACGCGACUCCAUCAUACAGCGACUGUCUAUAUGUUUAAAACAAUGCGCGAGUUUCGAUACAAUACACGCUCGAAGCAAGUCUUGAUGGUGGUACAUCUCAAAUCUCAACUUUGUUUUAAACAUGUCGGCACUUGCUUUAUGUCCUGAAAAACUCUGUAUACCCCCCCCUCCCCUCCGAGACUCUCGCCUAUAUCCUCCCUCUUUGCGUUACGGGACGAUAGGGGAAAAAGAAAAGCAUGAACAGAAGCCUAUCCUUCCACGGUUUUUUGAGGCCCAUUCUGACUGCUCCAAGUCUCCUUCGUAUGGUCACUCAAUAGCCUUCAACAUAGAGUAAACCCUUGCUUUUGGUCUGUAUACCAAACAAAGACCAUUAAGCAAGAUAGGGUUUCCCCUCUCCCGGUAGCCAAUAAAAGUGCUAAAACACAUACACACACACAUACAGAGAAUGAAGUGUGAACGAAAACAAGGAUUUUCAUCUGCUUUCCUUUUAAGUUUGUAUCAUAGGCGUGAAGAAAACAGGAAGGAAGGAAAAUCACAUUCAAGCGUAGCGUAUAUCUUUCAAACCACGGAUAAUGGUAUUAAGGUUAAGGGGUUUAAAGAUGGGUGGAUGGGCCAUCACUCCGUACACAACAUUGUUACAAAAAUAAAGAUAUGAGAGAUUCAAGAAAAUCGACGUGUUUACACAGCUACAACUACUAUUGUGUGUGAGUGUGUGAGUGUGCGCGUGUGUUUGUAUUUUCGAAUCCGUGUGAAGAUAUCUACCCAAGCGUACAAGGAGGAUCUUUUACCAUCGGUACCGAAUCGAUCGCCGUCGCCAUAUUAAGCGGACCGCGCCUGAUCCUCAUUUCGAUGAGCUAACCGUCAGUUUGGGGACAGAAACGUCAAACGUCAAACGCUAUUCGACGUCAACCGCAUUGGUAGUGCGGGUAACUGACAGGCAUAGUAGGCAAUGAUAGGGUCGCACAUCGCAUGAAUUGAAUGCUGAAAGCGAAGAGCUUCUUCUUAUCGUCAUCAUCAGUAGCAGCACUUAAA